UUGUAUUUUAAUUGUAAAAAUAUUUUUAAACCGAUUUUUAUUGUCCAUAAACACGGUUUUUGUUAUUUUGUGUAUUCAAUAAUCGUUGAAAACACCUUAUAUAAGGUGAUGCUAACAGUGCCGGUUGUGUGAUAUGUGUGAGAAAUCGCCGGUUGCCAUGGAUACCGACCGGCUGAUGCACGAGCUAGGCCAGUUCCGAAAGUUCCAUCUUCUCAAUUACUUCCUCCUGGCCCUGCCUGCAUUCGCCGCCGCCCACUAUGCUAUCAAUUACGUCUUUCUUGCCGCUGAUGUUCCUUACAGAUGCGUGGUGCCGGAGUGUGAAGCCUUCAACAGUAGUGACUACAGCCCGGCGUGGCUGGCGAGUGCGUUGCCAGCGGGCAGGCAUCAGCGAUGCUUCAGCCGCGCACCGCUUGACGACCAAGUGCCCUGCAACGACGCCGCCUUCUCCGAGGAGUUGCGCUCCUGUGACCAAUGGCUAUACGCCAGCAAGAAUACUAUCGUUGCCGAGUUCAAUCUCGCCUGCCAGGAAUGGAAGCGCACCCUGGUGGGGACAAUCCACAACAUAGGCAUGCUUGUCUCUCUUCCCAUUCUUGGAUACAUAUCUGAUCGUUGGGGCCGCAAGAGGGCGCUGGUGCUGAGUUGCACUCUGGUUGGUGCCAUUGGGUCUCUGAAGGCUUUCUCAGUGUCCUACGAGAUGUACGUGAUUGUGGAGUUCCUGGAGACAGUCGCUGGCGCCAGUGCUUUCCCCGCUGCUUACAUAUUGACGAUCGAGCUCUUGGGUCAAGACAAGCGAGUUCUCACCACUGCAUUCCUUGGUAUUCUUUUAGUACUAGGAGGUCUGAGUUUCGCUUUACUAGCGAAAACAUUCCAGUAUUGGCGCACAUUCAUACUGGUCGUUUAUCCGCCUUCUUUGCUCUUCCUCUCCUAUAUUUACUUCUUGCCGGAGAGUAUUCGCUGGCUGCUGUCGCAGAACAGAAAAGAAGAAGCAGUGGAGAUAAUAAUGAAAGCUGCGAAGAUGAAUAACGUGACGUUAUCAGAUGAAACGAUGCGACAAUUGCAAUCGGAACAGCAGAUUAAGAGUCCAGAAGAGAAGAAAGAGGUGGAAGAGAAGGGACUUUGGAUACAAGUGAUGCAGUCUCCCAUCAUCAUGACUCGUCUUGCUAUUUGCUCUUGGUGGUGGAUCACUUGCACCUUCGUGUUCUACGGGCUGGCCAUAAACUCUGUGUCCCUAGCGGGGGACAAGUAUACCAAUUUCAUGCUGGUGGUCAGCGUGGAGGUCAUAGCGGUGGUUACCAACGCUCUGGUGUUGGACCGCAUCGGCAGGAAGAAGACGCUGCUGGCCGCGUACGUGGUUUGCGGGAUCUCUUGCGUGGCUAUCACUUUUGUACCGAAAACGAUGCCGUGGUUAGCGACGCUGUUAUACUUGCUGGGAAAGAUAGCGAUCACGCAGGCGUUCAGCGGCAUCUAUAUGUACACGUCGGAACUAUUCCCGACGCACGCGCGUCACUCGCUGCUCGGCUUCUGUUCUAUGGUCGGCCGCAUCGGCUCCAUUGUUGCACCACAGAUGCCGCUACUGGCGAUCUACAUAGAUUGGCUGCCAUCCGUCCUGUUCGGUGCUACAGCUCUGAUCGCUGGUGGACUGAUGCUUACCACUCCUGAGACCCUCAACACGAGGUUACCAGACACCAUCCAGGAAGCAGAGCAUAUAGCGGCCGCGCCUCGCAACCAACCAGCCACUCAGACACAAGAAGUUGUGACAUCACGCUGUUAAAUGUGACGUCUUAAAACCUUUUGUGAUUAAAUUGUGAUAAAUGUGUAGCUAGUAAAUACGAUAAUCUACCAUGGUUGUCCUUAAAAUAACAUAUUUUUUUAAUAUCUUAGGAAAUAUUAAAAAUUUUAAAUAGAGCCAUCUCGUGACAAUUUUUAGCACCAAUUUGAUCAAAAUUGUUGCCUAACAUCAUUGCGAAAGCCGUUUUUUUGUGAAUAUUCACAUAACGAGAGACAUAGAUAUAGUGCAAUAAACCCAUAAAGCAUAACAUCAAAAAGAGCGUGGGAUAAAUCGGGAGGUCGAAUCCAAUGAAUAUGACGGCGAUGUAAACUGAAUCCAGCGCCAAUAAUAACAUUUCAUAAUAGAUUAAAGAUGCAUUUAAACUUGUGUUUACAGAUUCUUUUUGAAUGGAUUCAUUCCAACAAUAAAUCAAAUGCUGAACAAUGAAUAAUUUAAUUUAUGUUAUAAUCUCUAUUUUCUUUUGAAGUUUGUUUCCGUUUCCUUUAAACAAUUUCAGUUUUUCGUUGUUACUUUUAAGUGUAUUUAAUCUUUUAUUUAAGUUUCUGAUAACAUUCCGACUAAAUUAGAGUUAAAUUAAGUGAAAAACGAAAGAAAAACGACAUUAAGAACUUUUUUCACAACGUAACGUACAUAAUAAUACACGCAUGUACAGAGUCCAGAAAAGUUAUGCAAUAAAUUUCUAUUUACAUAAUUUAUUAGUCAACUAAACUUAAUAUUUUUAAAU